ACAAAUAAUAGCAUAACUGACAGCCGUUUCGACCAAUAAUCUUAUGGACCCGCCCACUAAAGGCGGGCAGAUAUUCUACCGGAAAUGCAAAUGUUUUUCCUCGUUCGAAAUGCAUGCACAAUUGAAGGGUGAAUGGAGGCAACACAGCUGAUCGAUGACUCAGUAUUGGAAGAGUCAGAGGAGGAGGAGGAGGAUGGAGCGAUGCGAGGAGAGCCACUGGCAAAACUCAGGGUGUUAAAAAAUGAACACAUCUCAGAGACUGAGUUGCCUCUCUACCAGGGAGAGAAUGUGUUGGGUCGAAACCCAAACUCCUGCUCCCUUCCCCUCAUGGCACCUUCUGUAUCCAAGCAGCACACCGUCAUCUCCAUCUCAAUGUUUCGCGGCAACCGUUGUCGUGGCAACGUUGCCGGCAUGGAGACAGAGGCUUUAGUGUGGGACCUGGGGAGCAUGAAUGGGACAAGGAAGGGCCGGACCAAACUGACCCCUCACGUCCGCUACGCUCUGACUGAUGGAGAGUGUGUGGUAAUAGCUGACAUCCCCUGCCAGUAUGUCUCUGUGGACCAGAGGGGGGGACAGGGGCACAUGCAGAACCUGACCAACGCACACUCUGGAAGGGGAAGGAAGACAGGGCCAGACAGGAAGGCCCAGUUCAGAGGAAGCCCUAGCGGCCAAGGUCUGGGACGAGAGACUGGCACACCGAAGACUGAGAGACCGACUGAGGGUAGAGGAGUCAAUGGAGAGUUGGGGGCACCAUUGUCGACUGAGCUGGGUGGAAAAGGUAAAACUCGGGCCAUACCCCUGUCGUUGGAACAAACCCCCACACAGCCUGAGAGGACACUGGUGCCUGAAUCUGAGUCUGACUCCGACGGAGAUCGAGAGGGACGGGGAGACAAACGGGGAAAGUACUUUGUCUCUGAUUCUGACUCCCAUGUGUCCAGUCCCACCUGUUCUACAUUCCUCAGUCCUACAAACAAAGUUAUUCCAGAGGGACCCAAGAAAGUAGUGAGCUUCAGUGAGGAGGAGAGUGACAUGGAUGGACCGAGACAGCAGCCCAGGAGAAGAAGAGCACAAGUGAUAGUGGACGACAGCGAAGAAGAGGGGGAGGGGAAGGAAGGCACAGAGGCACUAGGAGAGAAGGAACCUGGGAAAAGGACAAGAGGAAAAGAGGAUGUGUCAGUGGUGAACCAGGUCAGUCAAGCUGAGAGAGAUGGACCAAUGGUGUCAACAGAGGACACAUUUAACAUGGACAGUGACACAGACGUAGAGGGAGAGGAGGAGAUGGGGCUGUCUGCACCUGUAAAAAGUGUUAAGCCACCAGCCGUAACAGAACCUCCUACUACAGACUCUGACCCAGGCCAGAUCCACAUGGACAGUGAUACUGAUGUGGAGGAAGGAGAUACUAUGGACGGUGAUGCUAAGUUAAUGCUAACUGCAGCCGAUGUGGAGAGGAAACCAGUAGAUUCUGUCCCAGUGGUGCAGCCAACAGAGAUCCACCUGGACAGUGAUACAGACGUGGAUGAUGAUGAUGUUGUUGUGUCAGACAGUGCUACCAAUGUUACCUCCUUCAUAUCCGAUCCGGCUGAGAAACCAGACGAUCCUGCCCCUGCAGUGCCACCCGUAGAAUUCCACCCAGACACUGACACAGAUGUGGAAGAGGAGAACACAGACACACAUUCCAAAACAGUUCCAGAAUCAGAUUCUAGUGGGGUCAGAACAGGGAUUGCUGGUCCCCAGGAGAUCCUUUUGGACAGUGAUACUGAUGAAGAAGACAACCCGUUUACCCCUCCGGCCAGCAGCAGAACGGCGGAGCUCCUUAAUCCACCCACCAGUGUAGGACCUGCAGCUGCUGCUCCUCUGGAGAUCAGGUCUGACAGCGACACUGACUUAGAGGAAGACGCCACACAGACAAUGAACCUUCCUCCUCCUAAUGUUGCCACGGUAACGGAAGACGCGGGGUUAGCAUCUCGACAGGCCGUGCUUCCAUCAACAACGACAAUCGCUCUCAGGUCUCAGGACUCUGAUGCUGACACAAAUGCUGAGGAGGAGAGGUUGGAGCCCAAACCCCCCCGGUGUCGGCCCCCAGCAGGGAUGGUCCCAGAGUCGGACCUCAGUGAGCCCAGUGACUUCAUGGUGGACAGUGAUACGGAGGAGGAUGGACCAGGGGAGGCAGGCCAGGGACAGACUGCACGUCGGCUCAGAGAGGGGGCAGUUGGCCCCAGGCUGCUCCCCCUGGGAGGUUCCCCUGGCCCUCAUCAGAAGUGCUCCACCCCUUUGGCAUCGUCAGUACAGGAAGAAAUGGAGACUCAGGCCUUCUUCAGUCCCUCUGACUCCUUCAGACACCCAGCUCUCCCUCCUGUGCUGAGGCCUACAGCAGCAUUGUCCUGCUCUGCGUCAGACAGCCAGGAGGACGAUGACUUUGUGGUGGCCGAGACCCAGUCAUUUGUGUUGGAGGCCCAGAACCAGGGCCAUCAGAGCAGCCUUCCAGUGGAACCAACCCUGGAUGCUACGCAGCCCUACGGUCUGGAGCCUUCCUUGGGGGAGGACCGGGAGGAGCAGCCCAGCCGAGGCUCCUUCCAGCUGGGUCUAUCAGACAGCAGGGACCUCAGCCUCCAGGCCAGGGACCAGGCCUCAGGGAGCCCCCAGGCUUUCAGCUCCCCAGAUAGGGAUUCUGACCUGGAGGCCACCCAGACCUAUGCAUCUGGAGGUGGGAGAGAGGAGCCUGGCCUGGGCCAGAGGUCUGCUGUGUUCAGGAGGAACAGGCAGGUGGACUUUGUCCUGGUGGCAACACGGGCUUAUGCUGCCCAGCCUCGCAGUGAGGAAGAUGAAGAGGAGACCCCCACCACGUCUAAUGUUGCUACGACUGAAACCCUGCCCAUGUCUGCCUAUGAGGAAGAGGAGGAAGGUUUGGUUGGGGCCAUGCCCUCAACCCCAGUAAGGAGAGGGAGAUCUGGAGGAGCGAGAGAGGAAGAGGAGCAGGAGACCCAGACUGGUGACGUGCUGAUCAACCAAUACCUCUCCACAGCUCAAACUCUGGACAUGGUCCAGGAGAGUGAUGAUGAGGAGGAAGCCAAACCAGACUCACCCAGAGGAAGAGGACAGUCCCAAGAACAGACAGUAGACGAGGAAGAGACACAGACUGUCUGCUCCUACCUCUCCACUGCUGAAACCCAGCCCAUGUUUACUGCUGCUGCUGCUGAGGAUGAUGACAAUGAGGAGGAAGAACUCAAACCUCCAUCACCCAGAAGGAGGGGAAGGUCCCAGAGAGGGAGAGUAGAAGAGGAGGAGACACAACCUAGUGAGUUCCUCACCAGCUCCCACAUCUCCACUGCUGAAACUCAGCCUAUGGCUACUUGUGACACUGAGGAGGACACCAAAGAUAAAGGACCGGCUCAGAGAGAGCGAGGGAAAGAGUCGGAGGCUGGGACAAGCGGUGUCAGCAGUAGAGGUAGAAGAGGAGGAGAGGAAGAAGAGGAGAGCGCUGAGCCUCCAAAGACACAGGUGCCCCAGACCCCUACAGGUAAGGGCAGAGGUAAGCGUAGGGCCCCUGUGGAAUCAUCACCGUUUGCCAAGACCCCUCGCUCCUCCUCUGCCUCUCCCCUGUCCUCUCUCUCCUCGCCUGGGACACUGUGCCGAGCUUGGGCCUCCACGCAGUCCUAUAAGGUGUUGUUUACAGGAGUGGUGGAUGAGGAGGGGGGAAAGGUGGUGUCUCGUCUGGGGGGCAGCCUGGCGAAGGGCGUGGCCGACAUGACCCACCUGGUGACUGACAGGAUCCGACGCACCGUCAAGUUCCUGUGUGCUGUGGCCCGUGGCGUGCCCGUCGUCACCACUGAUUGGCUGGAUAAGUGUGGUAAGGUGGGUAGUUUCCUACCUACUGACAGGUACCUGGUGAAGGACAGGGAGCAGGAGAACAAGUUCAGCUUCUGUCUGGAGGAAUCAUUGAGGACCGCCAGCACCCAACCUCUACUACAGGGUUAUGAGGUCCAUGUGACCAGGUCAGUGUUGCCAGAGCCAGCCCAGAUGAAGGACAUCAUCGUCUGUAGCGGAGCUCGCUUCCUCUCCAAGAUGCCCUCCACUCAGAAGGCCCAGGCCCGGACCCUAGUGAUAUCGUGUGGAGAGGACUGGUCUCUCUGUGCUCCUGCACUCUCUGCUUCUCUCCCUGUCCUCAGUGCUGAGUUCCUGCUAACUGGUAUAUUACAGCAGAGAGUGGACCUGGUAACCCAUGUCCUCUCAGCCCCCAAACCCAGGGCCCAGCCAGGAGGCAAAGGCCAGGCCAGUGGCAGGAAGAGAAUGUAACACAAAAACAAAAUUCACCUGGGUGGUAUUCAUUAGUGCAUACUGUAGCAAAACAUUAUGCAACAGAAAACAAAAACUAGUGUUGGACAAGUUCAGGUAAACCCUCCCUGUUUUAGUCUGUUUUCUUCCGAUAGGUGAGUAUGACCCUGUCUACAGGGCCAGGGAGAAGGCAUUACAGUUCAAGAGAAAAAAAAAAAAAAAAAAAGAAAAAAAAAAAAAUAUGCCAUUUAGCAGACGCUUUUAUCCAAAGCGACUUACAGUCAUGUGUGCAUACAUUCUACAUAUGGGUGGUCCCGGGAAUCGAACCCACUACCCUGGCGUUACAAGCGCCAUGCUCUACCAACUGAGCUACAGAAGGACCAGACAGACGACACCCGUGUGUGUGUGUGUGUGUGUGUGUGAUAGCAUGCAGCACCCACCUCCACCUGUAUAGAGAACAGUAGCAGGACCAGGCCUCAGAGGAGUGGUAACUACAGUACUACUACCCUGGAGGGGCUGGAGAUUUUUAGACACCUGAGAGGGGAGAAUGAGGAUUCGGAUGUACAAGAGACAGUGGCAGCAUCCCAAAUGGGACCCUAUUGCCUACUUUUGACAAGAGCCCUGCACUAUGUAGGGAAUAGAGUGCUAUUUGGGACGCCAAUGUAAAAGGCUGGUGAGAGGAGACAUCCACCUGUAUGACCAACUAGACAAGAUAGUUGAGAAUGUAUUCACUCAGAUACAAAGACAAACAAACCCAAGAUAUGGAAAUCUAUUCCUAUGUUCGAGGGUAGAGAAUACAUGCAGAGAAAUGCUCUGAAUAGAUUUGUUUAUAAAAAAAAAUGUAAAUAUGAGGUAACAGAGAGAAGAGACAGAAUACAUGAGAUAAUUUACUGCCUAUCCCAGUCAUAUUUAUUUUAUCUGUCUCUUCCCUCCCUCUCCUGAUCCUUCAUCUGCAGUUGAAGUCGGAAGUUUACAUACACCUUAGCCAAAUACAUUUAAACUCAGUUUUUCACAAUUCCUGACAUUUAAUCCUAGUAAAAAUUCCCUGCCUUAGGUCAGUUACGAUCACCACUUUAUUUUAAGAAUGUGAAAUGUCAGAAUAAAAGUAGAGUGAUUUAUUUCAGCUUUUAGUUCUUUCAUCACAUUCCCCGUGGGUCAGAAGCAUUGCCUUUAAAUUGUUUAACUUGGGUCAAACGUUCCCAGGUAGCCUUCCACAAGCCUCCUCUGGCCCAUUCCUCCUGACAGAGCUGGUGUAUAACUGAGUCAGAUUUGUAGGCCUCCUUGCUCGCACAUGCUUUUUCAGUUCUGCCCACAAAUAUUCUAUGGGAUUGACGUCAGGGCUUUGUGAUGGUCACUUCAAUACCUUGACUUUGUUGUCCUUAAGCCAUUUUGACACAACUUUGGAAGUAUGCUUGGGGUCAUUGUCCAUUUGGAAGACACAUUUGCGACCAAGCUUUAACUUCCUGAUGUCUUGAGAUGUUGCUUCAAUAUAUCCACAUAAUUUUCACCACCUCAUGAUGCCAUCUAUUUUGUGAAGUGCACCAGUCCCUCCUGCAGAAAGCACCCCCACAACAUGAUGCUAUCACCCCCGUGCUUCGCGGUUGGGAUGGUGUUCUUCGGCUUGCAAGCCUCCCCAUUAUUCCUCCAAACAUAACAAUGGUCAUUAUGGCCAAACAGUUCUAUUUUUGUUUCAUCAGACCAGAGGACAUUUCUCCAAAAAGUACGAUCUUUGUCCCCAUGUGCAGUUGCAAACUGUAACCUGGCUUUUUUUAUGGCGGUUUAAGUGUAUGUAAACUUCCGACUUCAACUGUAUACUGAUUAAUCGCCAUCCUCUCGCCUUUGUAUAAAGAUAACAUAUAUAUGUGUGUGUCUAUUGCGCGAGGGUAAUGUUGAAUAUACCAGGUCUUCACGAGCUGUGAUUGCUGAAGGGACAUUUCUUCAGUCUUAGAGAAAGGACUGAACUGAUUGUUUUAAUGCUGCUCGUCCAUCUACAUCUUUGUAUGUAGGAGUUAAAUGUGUCUUUAUUUACCCGACCAAUAAACCUUUCAUACUGAACUUCUGA